AUGCCUCCACCCGUGCCGCCGUCUUCUCAGCCGCCACCUGUAAUGCAGACACCCAAUGCGCCGCAUUUUCUCCUGCUCAAGCGGCCCGACCGGCCGGCAGCAACACCGACACAUCCAAGGCACGAUACCGGGGCGCCGGGCUGGUUAACAGCCGGCGAGACACCGGGGCCAGCCACGGUACGAAGCAGCCAGCCUCGGCCGACGCCGCGGUUUGUGCCGUCGUGGACGCAGUCGCAGAGCACGCCGGUCCGGGCAGAUGAUGAGAUCGACGAGGACAGCUCGCCUCCCCGGGCGGCACUGAAGCCAACGGCCGAGAUGACCACGAUGAGGGCAGCCGAUGGCACAACAGGACUGCCACGGCCGACACAGCCGACACAGCCGACACCCUCUGCUUCUAGAACGCUAUGGCAGCCGAGAUGGCAGUCGGCACGACGCCCACAGGUGCGGGAGGACAUUGAAGACGCAGAAGACAGCGAUCUGGACUUGGACGACGACGGGGGCGAGCCCAUAGACGGCUUGUCUCUUGCAUCGAACUCCAUUGAGGAACAAGCAGGACUUGAGAGCGGAAGUGAGGCGCAUGGAGAAAGCGGAGAAGAGCAGCCGCACCAGCAGCUGCAAUCACCUGCACGACCAUUCAAACGGAGGCGCCUGUUUGUGUCGCCAGGAAGAGACGGCAAAAUUACGAGGAAAGUUGGCCGACGACAGGGACAGCUGGUGGACGAUAUCGAAGAGGGCAAUGACGAUAGCAGUGAUGCUGACGGCAAUGACAACGAAGAUAACGACGACGAGACGUUUGGAGAUUACUACAGGGGUCGCCAGAUGUCUUAUGAUGAGAUGGGGGAAAUUCUGGAGGAUGAAGAGCUGCGACACAGUUGGGAGCCGCCAGACGAGAAGGCCGAUGUCUACGAUGCGGAGGAGGAGGAUUUUAUGAUUCUCAAUGCGACGCCGAGCAGGAGGAAUCCGUCAGGGCGACGCACAAAGACGGAGACGGAAACCAGACUUGAGCAACAGCAGCCGCCAACCUUCCAGAGAUCGCGUCUGUUCCUCUCAAUGGGGAAGAGUGACACCACGGCCACAAGAGAGAAUGCAGUGGAUGCGAGAAAUGUGGGCACAUUGGACGAUGACAAUGGUGAAGACACCAAGGGCUACGGUGACUCUGAUGAGAACAAUGAAGACACCGGCAAUGCAAGAGCGGACCGGCAGCAACAGCAAGAGCACCGACACCCACCGCCAGACUUCUUUUCGCCACGGAAGCGGCAGAGGAGGCGGGGCCGACAGCCAUUGCAGCAGAGAGGUGGCACUCCAGCAGCCACAGCAGCAUCUGUUGCAGCAGCAGCACCAGUGUCGGGAGACGGCCAGUUUGUGGCCGGUGGACUGGCGGCUGAGCUGCGCAACUGGCUGGUGCAGAUCAAGGUGCAGGCCAGAAGCAACGGACAGGCUAGUGGCAGCACUGGCAGCACUAGCACCAGCAGGCCGCUGCGAUACGUUGUCGAAGAGGCCAGGCUGUCGUCGGGCAUGUGUCUCGUUCUGGGACGGCCGGAGGCUGAAGUGGGAGUCGAGGCGAAGUCCAACACGGCUCUACGCCUGCUUCUCGCCGGAGACGGACGCUGGGCACCGGCAGCUAUGCUGGCUGGCGGCGUAAUUGUGGAAAUUGUACCGCCAGUCUGGGACGUUGUGAUUGAAGGAGAGACCUGGACGGUGGCCAGCAGCUGGGCCGUGGAAUGA